UCAUCUACUUCACUUUCGUGAUCGUUGACUCAGAGUCUGCCUUCAUCUACUUCAUUUCCGUACGUGAUUCCAGACUUCGAGAAUGGCCGGCGAAGGAGAGUGGCCUGCGAUAGGGAUUGAUCUGGGGACCACGUACUCGUGCGUGGCAGUGUGGCAGAAUGAUCGAAUUGAGAUAAUAGUGAACGAUCAGGGCAACAGGACGACGCCGUCUCAUGUUGCCUUCACUGACAAAGAGCGUUUGGUCGGUGAUGCAGCCAAGAACCAGGUGGACAAGAAUCCCACUAACUCUGUCUUUGAUGCAAAGCGGUUGAUUGGUAGGAGAUUUAGUGAUUCCUCAGUUCAAAACGAUAUCAAGCUCUGGCCAUUCAAGGUCAUUGAAGGUCCUAUCGACAAGCCUAUGAUUGUUGUCACUUAUAAGGGUGAAGAGAAGCAUUUUGCUGCCGAGGAAAUCUCAUCAAUGGUCCUCAAAAAGAUGCGUGAGAUUGCUGAGGCAUACCUCGGCACAACUGUGAAGAAUGCUGUAGUCACUGUCCCGGCCUACUUCAAUGAUUCACAGCGUAAGGCCACAAAAGAUGCUGGAGGCAUUGCAGGUCUCAAUGUCAUGAGGAUAAUUAGCGAACCAACGGCUGCAGCCAUUGGUUACGGUCUUGACAAGGUGGGCAGUGGUAAGAGAAAUGUGUUAAUCUUUGAUUUGGGAGGUGGCACGACUGAUGUCUCACUACUUACUAUUGACAAUGGUACUUUUGAAGUAAAGGCUGUUGCUGGAGACACUCAUCUUGGAGGUGAGGACUUUGACAACAAAAUGUUAAAGCAUUGCGUUAAAAUAUUUAAGAGGCAUCACAAUGAGAACAUCAAUGGAAAUGCUAGAGCUGUAAGGAGGUUGAGAACUGCUUGUGAGAGAGCAAAGAGAAUUCUUUCUUCUGCAGUCGAGACUAACAUUGACGUCGAUUCUUUAUAUAAUGGUAUUGAUUUCUCCUUAAGUAUAACUCGUGCUAGAUUUGCGGAACUCAAUAUGGACUUGUUCAGGAAGUCUAUUGAGCUUGUGGAGAAGUGUUUGACUGAUGCUAAGAUGGACAAGAGCGAAGUCCACGAUGUCGUUCUUACUGGUGGUUCUUCCAGAAUUCCCAGGGUGCAAGAACUGUUGCAAGACUUGUUUGAUGGAAAGCAGCUUAACAAGAGCAUCAACCCAGAUGAAGCUGUGGCUUACGGAGCCGCUGUUCAAGCUGCAAAGAUGGCCGGUAUGGGUAAUGAGAAAAUUCAAAACAUUGUUCUCUUGGAUGUCACCCCUCUGUCCCUUGGGGUGAAGGUCCGUCUUGAUGAGAUGUCCGUUGUGAUUCCCAGGAAUACCGCCAUUCCUACAAAGAUGGAUCAUGAUUACACCACUUUUUUUGACAACCAAACUUCUGUUUUGGUCUCAGUUUAUGAGGGUGAGAGAGCAAGAACUGUGGAUAACAACUGGUUGGGAGAAUUUGAGCUUACCCGCAUUCCUGCAGCACCCAAGUGUGUCCCUCAGAUUAAAGUAUGCUUUGAGAUUGAUGCCAAUGGUAUCAUGAAAGUUUCUGCCGUGGAGAAGACCACUGGCAUUAGUUAUGGUAUCACAAUUACAAAUUACAAGGCUUCGCUAUCCACUGAAGAGAUUCAUAGGAUGGUUCUGGACGCAAAGAAAUACGAAGUUGAAGAUGAUGAGCACAUGAAGAAGGCUAAGGCUAAGGAAGCUUUGGAGAACUAUGCGUACAAAAUGAGGAGCACUGUGACUGAUAAGGAGAUUGGUGACAAGGUUGACGCUGCUGGUAAGGAGAAGAUUGAAGCUGCUAUUAAGCACGUGAUUCGCUGGUUAAAUGGUAUCCAGCAUGUGGAGGCAGAUGAGUUUGAGGAAAAGCUAAUUGGACUCGAGUUAAUCUGCAAUCCCAUCAUUGCAAAGAUAUCUAGACGACAAUAAGCGAUUGAGCAGCUCCUCUCAUAAAAAAGAUGACAAUUAUUUUGAUGACGACAACUAGGACACUAGAGUCCGAUAUAGCACCUUAUCAGUGCAAUGGAUGAAAUUAGGAACUAUAUAUUGAGUAUCCCGACUUUAUUUUUCCAGACUUAAUUUUGUGUAUUUUUGUUGCCGGUGUGUGUUUUGAUGUGGCUUUGUUCGGUAGUAGUGGGAAAAUUUGAAAUUUGAUGUGUAAUUGAUGGUUUUGUCAUUGUUGAUGCGAAUGUUAUUGUUUCA